AUGAAAAAAGAAAUUAUUGUCGACGUAAAAUCCAAUCCUCGCACACAUACUAAUGGUGAUAAAGACAUAAUUAUAGAGAAAAAAAAAAAAAUAAAAAAGAAGAAAGAAAAUGUUAACGUAAGUAUAAAUGUAAAUAUGAAUGUAGAAAAUGUAAAAAAUGUGGAAAAUAUAAAAUGUAUAAAAAAUGAAAAAUACAUAAAAAAUAUAAAAUCUAUAAAAUAUUAUAAUGAUAGAAAAAAAGAAAAAAAAAAUUAUCAAACGAAAAAUACGAAUAACAAUAUACAAUUCGGAAAUAGACUAGUCAGAAUAACAUUUAGUAGCGAUAAACAAAAAAGGAAGGAAUUUAUCAAAAAAAAAAAAAUGAAUAUAAUAAUGAAACAAAAAAAAAAAAAAAGAAAAGAAUUUGAAGAAAAAAAAAAACUUAUAAAUAAAUUAACAAAUAUAUUAAAUAUUGAAAAAGAAAAAGGAAAUUAUUAUUUUUUACCCAAAUGCUUAAAAAAAAAAAAAAUAUCCAAAUUAAAAAAAAUUAUUAUUUUAGAAAAGAAAAUUAAAAAUGAUCUAUAUCAAGAAUUAUUAAAACAAAAAGAAAAUAUCACUUCUAUGAAUGAUCAUCAGGAUGAUAUAUAUUUACAAGUUAUUCAAAAUAAAAUAAAAUGGAUACUGAAAAAUAAAAAUAAAAAUAAAAAAUAUAAAAUCAUAAAAAUAAAUAAUAAUAAUAAUAAUAAUAAUAAUAAUAACAAAAACAAUAAUAAUAAUAAUAAUAAUAAUAAUAGUAAUAAUAAAUUCGCUAGCAGUUCUUUUAAAAUACUAGCCAAAACCGAAAAUGUGCUAAAUGGUGAGUUACCUGACGUUCAGGUGAAUAAAUUAAAAAAUUUUAUACACACAUGGACAAAUAAAUAUGCAACAGAUUUGCGAAAAGGAAAAAAUGAUGAUACUAAGAGGCAUAUAAGACAACUGAUAAGUGUUGCAAAAAAAUUAGAAAAGUACACUGAUCAGAAUGAUAAGGAUAAUUUGAAAGAUAAAAGAGUUUCUUCGAAAAAUAAUUUUUUUUCUGUUGAAGAUUUUGAUAAGAAUAAAGCUGUUAAUGUAAAAGAAAAAAAAAAGAAUAGUGAUAUUAUAGAAAUAAAUGAGCAUAAUAUAUGCAACCAUAACAAUAAUAAUAAUAAUAGUAAUAAUAAUGAUGAUGAUAAUAAGAAUAAAAGUAUUACUAAUGUAAAUGAUAUGUUAAAAGAUGAAAUGCUAAAAAAUGAAAAAAUUUUAAAUUAUAUACAAGUCAGCAGAGUUGAAAAAAAAAUUUAUAUCAAUGAUUAUGUUGAUCAUGAAAUAACUGAUAAAUUAAAUACUAUGGUUAAAGAGUUUUUAAAAAAAAUAUCUCUUUCACAUGAAAAAUUGUUAUUGUUAAAAAAGAAAAAAAGAUAUUUCUUAGGAUUAAAAGAAUGUUAUAAACAUAUAUGUAUAGAUGAACCCAAAAUAGUAUUUAUUGCUCCGAAUAUUGAACCAUCACUAAAUAAUAUUUUCGAUGAUACGUUAGGAAAAAUAAUUUCUAAAUGUAAAGAAAAAAAUAUCCCUAUAGUUUUUGCUUUAAGUAAAAAUUUGUUAGGAAAAUGUAUAAAUAAAUCUAGACAGUCAAUUAUUUGUAUAAUUGAUAAUGAUUCUUAUAUAAAAGAAUGUAAUGAUAUAAUUAAUCUCGCUAACUCUUUGAGAUUAUCUAAAUGA